ACACACACAAUACAUGCGUAUACAAACUUACUACGGAUCAUUGCCAAAUUCAUCAUAUACAAAAUAGGUCAGUCACUAACGCGACAUAAAUAUAACUAAAUGUUCGAAACUGCGAUACAUGCAACCUCCAAAUAAAAGGAUACUCAAAUUGCUUCAAAAAUCAAUAAACAAUCUUGUCUCAUAGAGCAGAUGGCUACACUCUGCAAGUUAAGAAAUAUGUGUUGAGACUCUGUUUUGAAGGAUUUUCCUGACUUUGUGAGUACUAACUACGUAACCAGUUGCACACAGUAGGUUCGCAGAUGAGCAAUUAGCUAUAUUCACCUACAUCUAUUAUCGGAGUAUUGUCGAUCACUGCAUUCGUGAAAAUAAUGUGUUGCGGAAAUACUUUACGGGCAAAGGCUAAAAAUAUUGCCAUUUUCCAAAUUUUUGGAUGCACCCUCGUGCUUCUAAUUCUCAUGGGAUUAUUAAUUUGGAUAAACUCUGAAAAUGAAAGGCGAAACAGAGGCAAAAUGGAUCAUCUUACAAAAAUCUUGCUGUUUAUGAUUGGAAGUACCGUCAUUGGUCUGAUUUUGGCCGUCGUCUUAUACAUUGGCGUCAAACAGGAAAGUAUGACUAAAUGUGGAAUUUGGUUAGUAAUGAAUUCUAUCUUUGUCGCCAUAUGGAUUUGUGCUGCUUUGAUGAAUGCGAUGGCUACUCAAGACUUGUCGAAAGUGGUCUCUGAAAUUAUACCAAUUUCCUUAAACUGCUACUUUCUCCACAUUGUGAACUCGUAUGUGAAAGAGUUGCGAGUCAGUAAAGAGGAACGGGCCGUACAAGUUGUUUUCAAUGCCGUUUAAUUCUGUUGAGAUUUGAUGAUCAGCUAAAAGUAUUAUUUACAAAUUAAAAUAAUUAUUACAAAAAAAUGUGAACAAAAUUAUUUAUGUAACGUAUUAUGCAUUAUGAUAUACGUAAAGUAUUAUAUUGAUGUUGAUAUUUUCGACAACCUCGAUGUAAAUAAAUUUGGAUACAAAUGUAACUACUUGUAAUAAGAACUUGAGUAGAUACCCUAUAAAAUUAGUACUUGUGUACUUAAAUAAUUGUGCAAAACUUUCUAAGCGUACAAAUGUUUUUUUCUCCUUCAGAUAUUGAAAUGGAUUAGUAUUUUAUUGUGUAAGCAACCUUGAACUACGUAGAUGAUUCUGGUUAAUUUAUGUUUGUGCUUCAAAAUUUUUUGAAUCUUAAUAUUUCCUCAGUCAAAAUUUGACCAAGUCAAAUGGACAACUUUCUAGCUGAAUUUUCACAAUAAAAUUGAAAUACAAAUUUUUUUAA